UUAAUUUAGGAUUGAAUAAUAAUUCUUAACAAUAAAAAGGAAGUCCCUCUCUUGCCAUUCAUCGGCGCUCGUUGUCUGAAAACGAGCUUCACUCUCUAUUCCCUGCCUCUUCCCUUCUCCCCUUUCUCUCUUAUGUAUCGAUUUUCACAGUUCCCUGUUUUCAAUUUUGAUUAAUCUAUCGCUUUAUGUAGAUUAGCUUAUUCUUCUUGUAUCGUAAUUCUCUGUGUAUAAAUUAGGGCUAGGGUUUUAUUUUUUUCUUUCUCUUUUUUUUUUUUUUGUUAAUUUUUCCCUUCCAGCUUCUUAUAAGCUUUUAAUGUUUAUCUUGUGGUUUUUGUUUUUUUAAUUUAUGGGUUUCAAUUUUGAUGGUAUUUGCCAUGUAAUGAAGAGUGGAUUGGGGAUUUGGAACUAGGGUUAGGGUUUUUAUUUUAUUUUGUUUUGUGUUGUCAUGGAAAUGGAGAGUACUCGUAGAUCCUUCGAUAGAUCAAGGGAACCGGGCUUGAAGAAACCUCGAUUGGCCGAAGACCAAACAAGCCUUAAUGCUCGACCUUUCCCUCAGAGGCCUGCUGCAGCACUACCACCAUCAUCUUCUGCGAGGUUGAGGGUUACGACCGAUAGAGACUCAGAGGGCAAUGAUUCAAGCCGUGGCGGCGCGUACCAGCCGCAAUCACAGCAAUAUCAGGAGCUUGUGAGCCAGUACAAGAGAGCUCUUGCUGAGCUCACUUUUAAUUCGAAGCCUAUAAUCACUAACUUGACUAUUAUUGCUGGCGAGAAUCUCCAUGCAGCGAAGGCGAUUGCUGCCACUGUCUGCGCUAACAUUCUUGAGGUUCCCAGUGAACAAAAGCUGCCAUCACUUUAUCUUUUAGACAGCAUUGUAAAGAAUAUUGGGAGAGAUUACAUAAAAUAUUUUGCUGCCAGACUACCAGAGGUAUUCUGCAAGGCCUACAGGCAGGUUGAUCCUCCUGUGCAUUCAAGUAUGCGGCAUCUUUUUGGAACUUGGAAAGGAGUUUUCCCUCCUCAGUCACUUCAGGUGAUUGAGAAGGAACUUGGCUUUGCUUCUGCAGUUAAUGGUUCAUCUUCUGGUGCUGCAACAUCUAGGCCUGAUGCUCAGUCAAGGCGCCCACAACAUAGCAUUCAUGUUAACCCUAAGUACUUGGAAAUACAGCGUCUUCAGCAGUCAGGCAGGGCAAAAGGAAUGGCUAAUGACUUGACUGUUCCUAUAGCCAACUCAACUGAGGAUACGGAGAGGCCGGAGAGAGCGGCUGUUAUUGGUGCUGGACACUCAUGGGUGGAUCCUUCUGUUAAAAUGCAUAACAUUCAACAUUCUCAUAGAGAAACAUCAAGUGAACCUGUUCAGGAGAAGAAAAUUGGUGCGAUAUACGGAGAUGUUGAAUAUAGCUCUGACAUUUCAAGGAACUCGGGCUUGGGAAUUGGAAGAACGGGUGGAAGGGUUGCCGAGCAAGGAUAUGAAAAACCCUGGUUUGGAGCUGGCAACAGGGUCACAGAAACAAUACCUGGCCAAAGAAAUGGUUUCAGUGCGAAGCAUGGAUUUCCAAAUUUCUCAACAUCAAAGUCUGCUAAUGUUGAUUUGCAUCUACAGCCAACACAGGGCAUUGUAAGUAAAAGCAGCAGUGCGAUGUCUGAUAGCUGGAAAAACUCUGAGGAGGAAGAGUUUAUGUGGGAUAUGCCUUCUAGGUUAUCAGAUCAGGAUGCAGCCAAUCCUUCUAAUAACUCCAGGAAAGACCGUUGGACUCCUGAUGAUUUAGAGAAAUUGGGGUUUGACAAUCAUCUCAGAAAACCACUGAGUGCACAUGAGGUUUUGUCAAGGUUUGAUAGAGAAACUUCUGCUGAUUCUCUAUCCACUGAACAGAAAGAACAAGUUUCUUUUGGGCGCCAUUUGUCCUCCCCAUGGCGACUAAAGGAGUUGAAUCUAACCGAUGGGCCAAUAAUUUCUGGGAAUUCUACUAUGAAUACAGGUCAAACAGAGGGAUACUCUGCCACUCUUGGCGGGUUGCCUGUGAAAGCAAGUUCCUCUUUGCCCAGAAUGGUAGUUCGACCACAUAUGGGAACCUCAGGGUCUGUGUUAUCAGCAAACACAUUAUUAGGGUCAGGUCAACAAAGGAUUCAGUCGCUAGGAGCAGCAUCACCAUCUGGACAGUCACCAUUGCGCCAACAUCCACCCUCACCUUCAUUUCCAGCACGUUAUCCACAUAAGCAAUUGCAAAAUUCAGUGGAGCAAGACCUGUCUCGUCCUGAUUACAAGGCACAUCAAUUGUCAGGGAAUUUAGUUUCUUCAAAUGUUCAGCUUGGUAACUUGCAAAAACUGCAGCCUGAAGACUUGCCAACUUCAUCUCCUUCACCACCUUUUCAACGAAGUCGCCAGAAUCCUAUUUUGCAGCCAAGACAAGCAGACACCAAACAGCCUGAACCCUCUGAUCAGAUUCAAAGGACACUAUUAAAUCUAGUUCCCAAAGUUGGUACUCCAUCAACUUCUGGAAGUUCUACCCCAGAUCAUUCAUCUCCACUUAGUGCAGAAACUUCAGGACAAUCAAACACAAGUAGUUUGUUGGCUGCCGUUAUGAAUAGUGGAAUCCUCUCCAAUAUAACCACUGUUGGCCUUACUAAUAAAAGUUUUCAGGAUGUUGGUAAAAAUCCAUCAGAGUCGAGCAUUCAGCCUCCUCUUCCAAGUGGGCCUCCCCCUCCUCAAUUAACAUCUUCUGGGACAAGGGUUGCAUCAGCAUCAGCUCCUUUGUCACAUGAUGUCACAUUAGUUGCCUCAAAUGUUUCUGAGAGGAAAGAAGAGCAACCACCACUGCCUCCUGGUCCUCCACCUUCAUCUUUACAAGCUUCAAAUGCAGUGAAUAAUGUAGCUAAUCCAAUAUCAAAUCUUUUAAGCUCAUUAGUUGCCAAGGGUUUGAUAUCUGCAUCAAAGUCGGGGACAUCGUCUCCCGCACCACCUCAGUUGCCUACUCAAUCAGAGACACAGAACCCGAGCAUCACUAACUCUAGCAACACAUCAACUUCUUCUCUUCCAGUUUCUUCUGCUGUUUCUCAUUCAUCCACCACAGAUGAAGUGUCGUUGCCCAAAUCUGAUGCUAAAAACUCUGUUGUGUUGUCUGAACCCACAUCAGCAGAGACAAAAAGUCUCAUAGGAUUGGAGUUCAAGUCAGAUGUAAUUCGAGAAUUGCAUCCACCUGUUAUAAGUUCACUCUUUGAUGAUCUUCCGCAUCAAUGCAGCAUAUGUGGCCUUAAACUUAAGCUUAAAGAAAGGCUUGAUAGGCACCUGGCGUGGCAUACUUGGAGGAAGCCAGAACAAGAUGAUAUGAGUAAGGUUACAAGGAGAUGGUAUGCUGGGUUAGGGGACUGGGUUACUGGAAAGGUAGAGCUUCCAUUUGGAACUGAGUCUUCUGUUUACACAGAUGAAUUAACAGGGUCAAUCAAUGAAAAUGAACCUAUGGUUCCUGCAGAUGAAGAUCAGUGUGUAUGUGUUUUGUGUGGUGAGCUGUUUGAAGAUUAUUAUAGUUAUCAGAGGAAGAAAUGGAUGUUCAAAGCAGCAGUGCACUUGACACUUGCUUCAAGGGAUUGUGGGAUAGGAACUACAAGUGAGAAUGCUGAGGGUCCAAUUGUGCAUGUGAAUUGCAUAUCAGAAAGCUCAAUUUAUGACUUGGGACUGGCAAGCGGUAUUGAAAUGGAUAAGGAUGGAUAAUGCCUAGAUUUGAAAACAAGACACCAGGACUGAUUGGCAGGUACAAGCAUACUGGAAUUUCAGGUGUACCGUGCAGAAGGUUUGUGAAUGGGCAUAUGAUGCUAAUUUUAUUGUGCAUCAAAAUGAUGCUGAGAGCUGUCUUGUAAUAUUCCCGCUUGUUUUUAUCUUUUUUUAGUCCUAUUUCCCCCUAUUUAUAGUCUAAUAGAAAUAUAUAUAAAUGCCAGAUAGUUUACACCUCAACUUUCUUCACUAAUGUGGUUGAUGUGUUGUUCUUUUUAUGUGUUGUUUUUGAAUUUACGGAAGCGGGUUUGCACUCAAUACCAUCGUCAGAUGCCAGUGACAGAAGGAAACCAUUUCUCAUUCAGCUCCCCAAUUGGCUUUAUGGGUCUUCGUAUCACUAGAAUAGAAAUGAAGCUGCUGCUUUCUUUUCUUAUUUUUCUUUUUUUUUUUUUUAAUCAGUUUUGUCUUUUCUUCAUUUCCUUUUUGAAUAUUUGGUAUGGCAAUGUUGGUGCAUCGAUUCUUAUAUGGUUUGUUAGUGAGACUCGGACAGUAAUGAUGUAUUAUGCGUCUUGUUUUCCCAACUCUUGAAAAUUGCUUUGUUCC